GAAUAGAGAAGCAAAGGGAUUCCCGGAAAUGGAAUUGAAUUCCCAUGGUUGACACAAACAAACAAGCACUAACGGAUAGAAUCUGUAAAACUAUCAAAAACCCUAAAACUCAAAUUCAACAAUUCCCUCCCACAGAACCAUAAUCAUUGAAAUCAAUGGCUUUAGCGAUUUCAAAUAUGCUUAACUGCCCUAAAACCCAAAUUUCCCUGAGGAAUUACACUCUCAAGAUCUCAGUCUUGAAACCCCCAACUUCCUCAAUCAUAUUUCCUAGAGCGGUAAGGGAGCAUAAAAGUUUUGUUUGUGCUUCUGCAUCAGCGGCAGGAGGUUCUGGGUCAGAUAAUGAUUUAAACCCAUAUGAGGUUCUUGGUGUGAAUCCCAUUGAGGGGUUUGAUAAGGUCAAGGCAGCUUAUGAAAAAAAGCGCAAGGAGGCCGAGAAACAGGGUGAUGAAGCAGCUGCUGCUCAACUAGAGAAGGCAUAUGAUAAAUUGAUGAUGGCUCAGUUAACUAAUCGGAAGAAGGGUGUGACAUAUGGUUCAUUCAAGGUUGCCAAGGACAUAAAAUAUGCUGAUAAGCAGCCAGUUGUACCAUGGGGACCAAGGUUUGCCAAGUCCAGUGAAAAUGACAUGCGGAUUAACUUGGCAAUAUCUGCCGCAUUUACAGCUUGGAUUCUUAUCAAACGCAAUGCUGAGUAUAAACCUCUUCAGUUUUUGGCUUUUGCAUUUGUAUAUCGAAUUUUUGAGAAGUUAAAAACCUUUGAACCUCCUGUAUCACCGACAUAUUCAGAAGGUGGUGAAGAUGAGGGGCGAACACUGCGGUUGGGAAAACGGAUACUUCGUGCUCUUGCACUAGUUUUUGGCUCUAUCACUUUUGCCUCCUUGGCAUACACUGGUAUUUUGAAUUUGAUUGAGAUGGCUGGCAGUUACAUACCUGCUUUUCUUUACAAUAAUCAGGAACUGCUAAUCACCACUGCUACAUCAGCCAUUCUCUACAUCCUAGCAUCAUAUUAUCGGUAAUCAACCGGUCAAGAGGCCAAAGGAACAGUGCAUAAAGCUUUUUAUCUUGUUUCUUGUUUUUUCUCAGUUCAUUCAGUUGUGAAAUGAAAUGAGGAACUUUGUAAAAAUGGAACAGUAAUAGGAAAAGAAAAUUUUGGUUAAAA